AUGUCCUCCGACUUGAAUAACUUCCUCAUCGACUUUUUGAUGGGUGGUGUUUCUGCCGCUGUCUCUAAGACUGCUGCCGCCCCCAUUGAGCGUGUCAAGCUCCUUAUCCAGAACCAGGAUGAGAUGUUAAAGCAAGGCCGUCUUGCUAAGAGAUACGAUGGUAUCAUCGACUGCUUUAAGCGUACCUCCGCUGAUGAGGGUAUCGUUGCCUUCUGGAGAGGUAACACUGCCAACGUUAUCAGAUACUUCCCCACUCAGGCCCUUAACUUUGCCUUCAAGGACAAGUUCAAGGCUCUCUUUGGCUUCAAGAAGUCUGAGGGCUACUGGCCUUGGUUUGCCGGUAACCUUGCUUCUGGUGGUCUUGCCGGUGCCACUUCCCUCUUCUUCGUCUACUCUCUCGAUUACGCCCGUACCCGUCUUGCUAACGAUGCUAAGGCUGCUAAGGGCGGCGGUGACCGUGAAUUCAACGGUCUUGUUGAUGUUUACAAGAAGACUCUUGCUUCUGACGGUAUUGCUGGUCUCUACCGUGGUUUCGGUCCCUCUGUCGUUGGUAUCAUUGUUUACCGUGGUCUCUACUUUGGUCUUUACGAUUCUCUUAAGCCUGUUGUCCUCGUUGGUCCUCUUGAGGGCAACUUCCUUGCCUCCUUCCUUCUCGGUUGGUGCGUCACCACUGGUGCCUCUACCGCUUCUUACCCUCUUGACACUGUCCGUCGUCGUAUGAUGAUGACUUCUGGUCAAGCCGUUAAGUACAAGGGUGCCUUUGAUGCUUUCACCAAGAUUGUCCAGGCUGAGGGUGUCAAGUCUCUCUUCAAGGGCUGCGGUGCUAACAUUCUCCGUGGUGUUGCCGGCGCUGGUGUUAUCUCUCUUUACGAUCAGCUCCAGCUCAUCCUCUUUGGCAAGAAGUUCAAAUAA